AUGAGGAGAAGUGAGGUGCUGGCGGAGGAGUCCGUAGUAUGUCUGCAGAAAGCCCUAAAUCACCUUUGGGAAAUAUGGGAGCUAAUUGGGAUUCCAGAGGACCAGCGGUUACAAAGAACUGAGGUGGUAAAGAAUCAUAUCAAGGAACUCUUGGAUAUGAUGAUUGCUGAAGAGGAAAGCCUGAAGGAAAGAUUCAUCAAAGGCAUAUCCGUCUGUCAAAAAGAGCUGAACUCUCUGUGCACCGAGUUGCAUGUCGAGUCAUUUCAGGAAGAAGGAGAGACUACCAUCUUACAACUAGAGGAAGAUUUGCGCACGCAGGUGGAAUUGAUGCGAAAACAGAAAAAGGAGAGAAAACAGGGACUGAAGCUGCUUGAAGAGCCAGAUCAAGGACUGGCAGGAAAUACCCCAUGCCGGCAGGCAUGGAGCCAGCAAGGAGGAACCAGACUUCAGCGGCAGCAUCCUGAGUGCUUCUUCCACGCCUACUACUAUUGCUUCAUCACGUUGACUACCAUUGGGUUCGGGGACUACGUGGCCCUGCAAACCAAGGGCGCCCUGCAGAAGAAGCUGCUCUACGUGGCCUUUAGCUUUAUGUAUAUCCUGGUGGGGCUGACGGUCAUCGGGGCCUUCCUCAACCUGGCCGUCCUCAGGUUCUUGACUAUGAACACUGAGGAUGAGCAGGAUGCCGAGGAGAGGGCGUCCCUCGCUGGAAACCAAAACAGCAUGGUCAUUCACAUCUCUGAGGAGCCGCGGCCCAGCCGGCCCAGGUACAAGGCGGACAUCGGGGACCUGCAGCCUGUGUGCUCCUGCACCUGCUACCGCUCGCAGGACUAUGGCGGCUGCUCAGCGGCUCCGCAGAACUCCUUCAGCACCAAGCUUGCCCCCCACUACUUCCACUCCAUCUCUUACAAGAUCGAGGAGAUCUCACCAAGCAUCAAAAACAGCCUCUUCCCAUUUCCUAUUAGCUCCAUCUCUCCUGGGUUACACAGCUUUACCGACCACCAGUGGCUGAUGAGACGCCGGAAGUCUGUCUAGGUGUG